AUGGAGUCUAUCGGCGCCUGGGAAAAUCACGUCGAAGACUUAGUCGAAGAGGAAGCUUCUAGGGUUUGGCAUCCAUUUUAUGAUAGAUAUAUAAACACUAGAGCGAGCCAUGAAAUUGGUAUUCCUCAAAUUUCGACGACAGAUCCUGCUAUUCAAAUUGUCUGCAAAUUGGCGGAAAAUUUAACUGCAACAGAACACUUUGAGGUAGAUGAAGAUACUUUACCGCCGAAAGUUUUCUGUUGGAAUGAUAUUUCAACAAUUGAUGCAAAAACAGCGAAUAAAAUGAUAAAAGCAGGUAUAGAAAAGGAAUACUCACAUCUAAUCAACAAUUUCACCAUAGAUUUUCAACCAGUUUCCAUUGGAAAUUCUGAUCCAAUUCCAAUAUCCAACGAACACUAUCAGCAACUGAUAUACCAUAUUAUCGAUCCUACAUUAGGUACAUCUCAGAAGAUUGUUGCCAAAUCGACUGGCUUAUCUGUCAAAGGAUUAUCAAGAUCUACACCAAAUCUCAAAGAUCUCGCGAAGAAAGGCUACAAACAGCAAGUUGAUAUGCCUCUACAAUCACUUCCGCUACAAGAAGACCCAGAAGCAAUCAAAAGAUUGGCAGAUCAAAUCGAUUCAAACUCAAUUUUCAUUAUAGACUGUAAUUAUGCAAAAAACGUGGCAGACAUCAUACAUACCUCAGACCAAUUUGUCACAAUUUUCGGUGCGACCACAGAUACAUUGCAUUAUACACCUCAAGUUCCUUAUGAUUUAUUUACUUCAUGUCUUUUGACUCCUGCGAGCGUUGCAUUGCUGUGGCUGUCAAAGGACUACUCAGAUAUCAAGUCAGGAGUACUUACAGACUACGAUAUCGUAACUUUGAUUGAAAAAGUUCAUGAUUCAAAAAUUUCAAAUCCUAUUAUCGAUAUGAUCGAAAUUUGUUUGCAGGCAUGUGUCGACCAAAUGAUAUUCAAAGCUUACGAAGAGAUGCCAGAGCGUUUUUACAAAUCUUUCAGAACUACACCGAUUAUGUCGAAACUUUGUACGAAUUUCAUAUUCGCAACACGUGUAAUGAAGUCGUAUUCCAUGACUCCGUUCUCGUAUCCUGAUUUUCCUGAUUUAUCUCAGCAUCCUUUGUGGGAUUCUUUCGAUGUACACGUAGAUGAAGCUCUUUUUGGACUAAUGGAAGCAGCAAAGCCUACUCCACAGACAGAAAUAUCUCUUGAUACUGUUUUGAGGGAACAAUUAACUUUAUUGGAAAAUUGGCUUUGUUUUCCAAACAAAAAGAGAAAUCCACCAGGUGAAUUCCAGUAUAUUGCUCCAUUGUUAGACCUUCCGCAGUAUUUCGAAGAAACAAUCCAUAUUUGUUCCAAAUUUUUGAGAAUUUCGAGAAGAUUUGUUGUCGGAUUCUUAAGUACGAAAGCAUUUUCAUCAUUAGCAUUGAUCAUUAAUGAUACACAACGAGUCAAAGCAAUGUCAGAUGAAACAGCCGCUGACUUUUCUUAUGUGGUCUUAAAUUGUUUAUUGGUGUCUCCCCCUCUUAAAACUGCUUUUGAGAACCAUGUAGAUUUUUGGAUCGAAAGAGUGCAUAGCGAGCAUAAGGAACUCAGAACUAUCUCUCUUGGCUGCCUAUUGUUGUUUUCUGACUCUCCUGGAAAAGUUGACCUUUAUAUUCAGAGUGGCCUCAACAAAUUCAUUGAACAAAUGAUGCAUGCGUCAUCAAUUCGUCAAAGAGCGCUUGCUCAUCUGCUUCUUUCGACAAUGCAUGAAGAUUUUACUUUCAAACAUGAGGAAUUCUUCGAAGAAAAGCAUCCAAUGGUCAGAGCCUCAAUGGUAUCGCAGAUAAGAGCUAUAAUUGAGAAGAAGAAAGACCAAUUGAACGAUGAAAUGAAAGAAUUUAUUUUCAUUAGUUUGAUUGAUGGUUGCAAUGACUUGGAUGCAAUGGUCAGAGAAGAAUCUCUCGUUUCCUUGUCCUAUUUGAUCAUGAUUGACCCUGUAAGAUUCAUAAAUAGACUUGAAGAGUUCCCUGACUUCGAUAAAGACGCAACUGAUCAUAUAAAUACCACGAUCCUUACAUAUCAGAUGCAAACAAUGACUUUCGACCCUUCUUUACGAACAUGCGAAAGAUUGAUCGAAUUUAUGCAGUUCAUUGACGCUUGUAUGCCUGAAGAAGCGCGUAGAAUAUCCCAAGAAAGGGUUCCGUCGAGGUUAAAAGUUCCUUCUGAGCGACCAAAGUUGAUAAGAUUCAGUGGACGGUCAAGUAACAAAGAAAAAUCGAAUGAAAAGACAGCCAAUGACAUGCACAACAUGAGAUUCACGUUCAAUACCAAAUCAGAAGUAGAAGAAAACGAAAAACCGAAAGAAAAGAAGACAAGGUUCUCUUUCUCCAAGAAUUCGAGGGAUCCACCUCCUCCACCCCCUGUUGUAAGGCGAUAUAUCAAGAAAAAAGCCCAAGUUUUGUCAUCAAAUGUAUCAAAUGCGCUUUUGACGACAAUUUCACGUUCUCUUGAGAGUUCGAUCGAACCGUUAGCAUUUAUAGAAUGUACACUAGAGAAUAGCCACUCCAACUCCAAACUUGUAGGAAAUCCUUCGAUAUCUCCUUCAGGAUUGCUUUGUUGUGCAGAUGAAAACGGAGCAUUGCAUGUACAGACAUCUUCAAACAUGUUGAAAGGCCACAGAGUCUAUGAUUUCUUCCGUCCUCACGUAACAAAAGAAGGAAUGCCUCCUUCCAUGUUCCCAAUGAUGAAAGCGAGAGAAGACUACAAGGAAGAAGUCAUAUUUAACGAUUUCAUUGACGAUUACCACUUAUUGGCCGUUUCCAGCAGAUCUCAAGUUAUAAUUGUUGAUACAAUGAGUUUAGAUCCUAAUGCAGCCUUUUGGAUGGCCCCUCCUGACAUCAACAGAUCCCUAAUUGUUGAUUACAACAACAGGGACUACAAAAUCCUGCAUUAUCAUCAAGCAGCGAAUGUAUCAAUUUUUGAUUUGGGCUGUUUGCAGAAAUGUCAGACGAUAUCGAUAGAUUUUUCGAAGACAGAGAACGUAGAAUGGCUGAAACCGUAUUCUACAUUGUUCUACGUCGCUCAACAAGAUUUAUCAAUUUUUGAUACAAGAAUGCCUGGACGAGCAGCUGUAAUUCAUGGUGCAGGACCAGGUCUCAUCUCUUGUAAUGCAAGUGGUGCAUCUCCUUUCAGUUUAAUUGCUGGAUAUUCAAGUGGAAACGUAUCUUUGUUCGAAAUGAGGACAAUGACCGAGGAAUCCUCAUACAACAUGGGUAAAGGUUUGUCACACUUCGAUGUCCACAAACAUUUGCCUUAUGCUGUUGGAAUUUCUGAUUCUUUGGUUUCUUUUUCUUCUGAGACUGGAGUUUUGGAAAUGAAGAAGCAUAUGGUUGGAACUGUUCCUGAGGCAUUCGCUUUGCAUCCAAACGAAAAUGCCUGCGCUAUCAAAAUUAAUAACAGAGUUCAAUCAAUUUUUAUUGAUUACGAUUCAUGA